ACACUGCAUGACUCCUUCAAUAAGUCACACCCACCACGAAGCAACCGUGCUGUGGCGUUCAGCAGCUGUGCUGUCCCCGGUUACACACUCACAGCCAGCCUGUCUCUGUUGGGUCUGACCUAACGCCGAUUAAUAACAGGCUUAUACUUAAUGCUGCACUUUGACCACCGACUGACCGGAACUGGACCUGUGGGCGUUUCUUUGAGGGCAGAAUGUGGGGGAUUUGCAGCAGAACUAUGGUAAAGGUGGGGAUGGCGAAACCCUGUGGCUUAAUGAAACCCUGUCACUUGGUGAAGCCUGUGUCAGUGACUCGGGUCUCUGGCAGAUACCUGACCCACCAGAAGGGACUGCCCAGUCUGCCUGUCCCCCCUCUGCAGCAGACAUGUGAGCGAUAUAUCAGUGCCCUGGAGCCCAUUGUGGAGGUGGAUGAGCUGAAGCACACUAAAGAGCUGGUGGACGAGUUUCAGAAGGCAGGAGGGGUCGGAGAGAGACUUCAAAGAGGCCUGGAAAAGAGAGCACGGAGCACUGAGAACUGGUUGUCAGAGUGGUGGGUGCAGGUUGCUUAUCUCGAUUACCGGUUGCCUGUGGUGGUUCAUUCAAGUCCUGGGUUGGUCUUGCCCCGCAUGAACUUCAGUGAUAAGCAGGGACAGAUAAGAUUUGCUGCCAAACUGAUAGCAGGUGUUUUGGACUUCAAGAUGAUGAUUGACAAUGAGACACUACCUGUGGAAUAUAUGGGAGGGAAGUCUCUGUGUAUGAAUCAAUACUACGAAGUGCUGUCUUCCUGCCGCGUGCCUGGUCUGAAGAGAGACUCUGUGGUGAACCACGCCAAGAGAUCCACGCCCCCUAAACACAUUGCUGUAGUCCACAACCUUCAGUUUUAUGUGUUGGAGGUGUACAACAGUGAUGGGACUCCGUUGACAGCUGAUGAGUUCUGUGUUCAGCUGGAGAGGAUCUGUAGCUCUUCACUACAGACCGACAUGGAGCCUGUCGGCAUCCUAACCACCCAGCACCGUGACGCUUGGGGCAGGGCCUACGUCACCCUCACCCAGGAUAAGACCAACAAAGAAUCUGUGUCCGCUAUCCAAAGGAGCAUCUUCACUUUGUGUCUGGAUGGAGCGAUGCCUCAAGUAUCCGAUGAGACGUACCGCAGCUAUGCUGCUAUACAGAUGCUGCAUGGAGGAGGCAGCCAGUGGAACAGUGGCAACCGCUGGUUUGACAAGACGCUGCAGUUUAUUAUUGGAGAAGACGGGACAUGUGGCGCUAACUACGAGCACGCCCCAGCUGAGGGCCCACCUAUAGUGGCCUUGAUAGACCACGUUGUAGAAUACACGAGGAAGCCAGAUAUUACUUCUACUCCCAUGGUGCCUUUGCCUAUGCCCCAGAAACUGCACUUCAACAUUACACCUGAGAUCAAGAAGGAUAUUGAGAAGGCCCAGCACGCCAUGAACAUACUGGCCCAAGACCUGGAUAUGAGGGUCAUGGUAUUUGGCCACUUUGGGAAAAAUGUCCCAAAGACCCACAAGAUGAGCCCUGAUGCUUUCAUACAGAUGGCGCUACAACUGGCUUACUACAGGAUGUACCAGUGCUGCUGUGCCACGUAUGAAAGUGCCUCCCAGCGUAUGUUCAGACUGGGCCGUACGGAUACAAUCCGAUCAGCCUCAAGUGCCUCAGCUACCUUUGUCAAGGCCUUCGAUGACCCCAGCAAGCAGAACAUAGAGAAAGUUGAUCUAAUGGUGAAAGCUGUAAACGCACACAGGUCAUACACUACCAUGGCGAUCAGUGGCCAGGCCAUAGACAGACAUCUCCUGGGCCUUAAAAUGGUGGCUGUUGAGGAGAACCUCUCCAUACCUGAUAUCUAUACUGACACCACCUACGCCAAAGCUUUACACUACAAGUUAUCUACAAGUCAGGUACCUUCUAAGACGGACUGCAUCAUGUGUUUCGGCCCGAUUGUACCCGACGGCUACGGUGUGUGCUACAAUCCUAUGAACGAUCACAUCAACUUUGCAGUGUCGUCUUUCAACACCUGUAAAGACACAAAUGCAGCACAUUUGGCCCAGGCUGUGGAGGGGGCCCUGUUGGACAUGAGGACACUGCUGGAACAAUCACCAAGAGCCAAACUGUGAAGGUCCUCCAGGCUUUUCGGGGCUAGUCUCGUGAUGGAUUUUAAUAGGAUGCCCCCUCUUAGUGCGAUUGAGUGACCUUUGAAUGACUGAAUUGUCUUUUCCCCAUGGUAUUGAUGUUUUUUCCUCUGGUGGAACAAUGCUAUUAAUAACAAUUUUUACCGACAGAAAUAUCAUUAACAGAAAUUGUGUUGAUGGAUAUUUGAUCAUUUUAUUAUCGACUAAUCACCUGAUGAGAUCAGUUGCCGUGUGGACACAAUUAAUGCCUGUGUGCCUUCCCAUUCCACUGUUCUUGCUCCAUUGCUGCAGAGGUCACAUGGCAGAACAAUACAGGGGUGGACAGUUCCAGUCUCCACAGACUAAUAAUCCAUGUGAGCGGACUGAUGAACUGAACUCACUGUUUUGGGGAAAUCUUUAAACUAAAAUUGUGCGUUUGACAUUUAGAUCAUUGGUACUCUUUAAAAAGUCUGACUUAGAAUCCGCUUUAUUGGCCAGGUAUGUAGAUUCCUCUCAUUGUAGAUGCACAGAAACAGAAAUGCAGCUAAAGACCGGGACAAUAAAGUGGAAUAAGAGAAAAGACAGAAGAGACACGUAUGUAAAAAGGAACAACAACAUUCUACGGCGACAAGUCCGACUUUUUUCGGUUAACAAUAAUACAUCUGUGUAAUGGUGCAAAUAUGCUGGAGUAGAUAUUAAAUGUAAUACAUGACUUAGGUGAAUAUGUAGUUUUACAGUCUAUUCAAUAUGUCAAGUAAAGAUAGGAAGGAGAAUUCAUGAGGAGUUAGGAAAAGACAACCGAGGUGUUUAGAGGAGCCGGCUGUGGUCGAAUAGUCAAAAUAUUACAUCCUAACGUCUAUUCCUAACCACUUCUCCUUGACCUCUGUGGAAAACAUCACAGGGUCAAGGAAAGGUGGAAAGGAGAAUUCAUGAGGAGUUAGGAAAAGACAACCACGGUGUUUCUCCACUUUCUCUGAGCUACGUAGUUAUGAGGCGACGGCAGGCGCAUGUUUGUGACGUCGUUCUGCAGCGGUGAAGUUACAAUGUUCAGGAGAUUGACUACCAAAAAAAAGAGCAUCUUAGAUACUUCGUCUGUAUUCUUACAGUGUUGUGUCAUCCAGAGACAUAAACAACCCGGUUCAAAGUGUUACUUUAUAACAACAUAAACAACCCGGUUCAAAGUAUUUAUUAACAAAGUUGGAAUAUAAGUGAAAGCAGGAAAAUAAAAGUGAAACCAAUGUGUUGUUUCAAACAUGCUGAAUUAAAUACGUUUUGCCACUAACUGUGUUAGGUGUUGACUUGAUAGUAAAAAGAAUUUUGGGGGAAAAG